GAUAAAAUAAUGUAAAAAUGAGUGCUCACUACAAUGACAAUCAAAUGAAUUUUUAUGAUUCUGGUUACAAUCAAGAUUAUAGUCAGCAAAAUAAUCAACAAUAUGCAUAUGGAAACCCUGGCUAUGACUCUUAUAUUCCAAAUAAUUAUUCACCUCAAAUGAUGCCACAAUAUAGUUAUAAUCAAAUGCAACCUCAAUCACAUUCCACAGGUGAUAGUGCAAGUUUUGAAGAUGAGCCUCCUUUGCUUGAAGAACUUGGCAUUAAUUUCGAUCAUAUUGGAUUAAAGACAAAGUCAGUUUUAAAUCCUUUUCAACAACCAGAUCCUAAUAUUAUGGAUGACACGGAUCUCGCUGGACCACUUGUUUUCUGUUUGGCUUUUGGUGCAUUUUUGUUAUUGUCAGGAAAGGUGCAUGGUUUUGGUUAUAUUUAUGGGGUUGGAGUGUUGGGUUCAAUUUCAAUGUAUGCUGUGUUAAACUUGAUGAGCAUGACUGGCGUUACAUUUCAAUGCGUAAUUAGUGUUCUUGGAUAUUGUUUGUUACCAAUGGUGAUUUUAUCUGGAGUUUCUGUUAUUUUUACAUUGACAGGUUCUAUUGGAACUAUACUUACUGGUCUAGUUAUAUUAUGGUGCAGCAUAUCAGCUUCUAAGUUAUUUGUUACUGUUCUUGCAAUGGACCAUCAACAGCCAUUAGUAGCUUAUCCUUGUGCUUUGCUGUAUGGUGUAUUUGCGCUACUAACUGUAUUUUAGACAUUUUGUAAAAAUGCUUUUUCAAUGAAUAUACUUAAAUUAAAUAAUAAAA